AUGGCAGAGAGACAGGACAACGAGGUGGAGGAGGCAGACCAGGUGUACCUGCUGAUGAAGGAGGAGUACCGUAUCUCACGGAAUGUACGUCUGGCCUGGUUCCUGGGCAAGCUCAACCAGGUCAUCUGGCCGGUCCCAAAGUCUGAACUGCUGAACUCUGAGAAUGAGCUGGAUCUGCUCAGCAUCUUGCCGAAGGGAUGGCAGCCAGACUUUUCCCCCUCCACCAUACCCUACCUGCUGGUACCUUCCACUCGGGUCACCUUCCUGGCCCGCAGGUACCGCUUCAUCAUCGAGCUGGACCUCAGCCCCUCCACUGGGAUCGUGGAUGACAGCACGGGGGAGAUGAUAUUUGAUGAGGUAUUCCAUGCCUUGUCACGAUGCUUAGCUGGACUGGUCCGACCCUUCAAUGUUCCAGGCACAGAUCUUGUUUUCCAGCCGGAAAUCUUUGUCACUAUCCUGGCUUAUUCCUCCAUUAUUGGGCUCAAUACACACCAGGUGUUGGUGCAGGGUUGUCAGCUGAAUCGUACAGACCUGGUUCAGUUCCUACACCAGGUUUACCAGCAGCUGCGAUCAGUGGAGAACAACAUUGCAGAGGUCCUACAACAGCAGCACAGCCAUCUUCAACAGCAGCACGACCAGGCAAGAGGACACAUGGAGGUGCCUGUGAGGAAACAUGGCGUUUCCAUGGUGACUGCAGACGUCGGGCUGGUCAGCAUGGUGCGACAGGGCAUCCUAGCUCUACAGCUGCUGCCCCCCAACUCCUCCGCAGGUAUAAUCAUCAUCACAGAUGGGGUGACCAGUGUGCCUGAUGUGGCUGUGUGUGAGACCCUUCUGAACCAGCUCAGGAGUGGAACCAUCGCUUGCUCCUUCGUCCAGGUGGGUGGGGCCUACUCCUACAAUUGUAGUUUUGGGUACAUCCCUAAUGUUGAGUUGAUGAAGUUUAUCUCCCUGGCGACCUUUGGCUCCUACCUGUCCAGCUGCCCUGAGCCUGAUCUGGCCAGUCAGGAUAUGAACACCUACCACAAGGCCUUUCUCACAUACUCCUUCCUCAAGACCAGCGAAUCCAUGAACCCUGAGUACUACUGUGUGUCUCAGCACAAGCUGUUCAACGAGCACCUGGUGUCGGCCAGUGGGAACCCUGCGCUAGUGAUGAGGAGGAAGAAGCACACAGAGAAGGAAGUGCACGCCCACCUGGUCAGUGUGGUGUCGGUCAGACUGAGAGAGGGAUACACCAUCAGGGAGAUCAACCUCACUAAAGGUGGCACCCAGCUGGAGGUGAAGCUGGUGUUGCUGUGGAAACACAACAUGCGUAUAGAGUACCUGGCAGUGGCCCAGUGGCCCCUGGAUCCUGCCAAGAGGACCACCUGGGUAGAGGUCACCAUGGAGGGAAGCUACGACAUCCUCCAUGAUAUCAGCUGUACCAUGAGGAAACCCAUCACCUCAACCUACCGCACCUCCGUCAUCAGGCGAUUCUGGAACACACUGCAGAGUAUAAACCAGACAGAUCAGAUGCUGGUCCACCUGCAAUCCUUUAACUCUCUCCCAGAGAACUACACAAUCCCUGAGAGUACCAAGAACGGAGUUCCUCUCUUCUACAUCCCGCCUGGAUCCACCACGCCUGUUCUCUCCCUCCAGCACAGCGGCUCUAAGGACUCCUCCCAGUCCCAGUUUGCCUUCUACUGGAAGCCCAUCCUGUCCAUGGACGCCAACUUCUGGCAGAGAUGGCUUCACAUGCACCGCAUUGCUAUCAUCCUGGAGCACGACAUGCCUGUGCCCAAGCACCUCCACACUGCUGGUAGUAACGGGCGUUUCAGCACCAUCCAGUGUCGUAUCUCCCACUCAGCCCUCACCUCUUUACUGAGGGACUGGAGCAGCUUUGUACUGGUGGAGGGAUACUCAUAUGUCAAGCUCAUAUACAGUGCCUCUGACCAGCCCCCCAACUCAUUCUACUUGGUGCGUCUGAUCUCCAAGGCUCCCUGCAUGGUGCUGAGGCUGGGCUUCCCUAUCGGCACCCUGGCCCACACCAGGAACAAGAUAGUGGAUGAGCUGCGGGAGCAGAUCCUGAGGCUUCGCUUCCCUCACCGCGUCCAGAACAAGGAGGCUACGCCCAAGACCAAGAGGAAGAUUCUGGGGCACGCAUCCCCCUCCAAGUCUCCUCCUCUCCCUGCUCCCAAACCUGCGCUGUCUGACCGGCCAUGUGUGGUGGUCCUCAACAAACCUCUGGAGAAACUACUCAUCAGGUACGAGAAGCUCCCGUCAGACUUCCGGACCCCGUUUAUUCUGAACAUGGAGAACUUCACCCAGCCCACCAACAUGACCGUGCCCCUUAGCAUGGCAGCCAAUCGGACGGCCUCGUCCACGCUGGCGUCUCUGUCACGCUACUUCCUCCACCAGCGCUGGGUGUGGACGGUGCAGAGCGGCCUGGGUGUUACCGUACCGCUGCAGGCUGUGGUUCAUAUACUGUCCAUGCUGUCUGAGAUUCGCCUCUCUGAGGGCUUUCAUUUUGCUGCCAGUGGAGAGGGCAUAGUCAACAUGGUGACUGAACUGCCAAUGAAGGGGAUGCCAGAGGCGGUGGACAGAGAAAGUCACACCUGUAUCGUCCAGUAUAUCCUGUUUCCACCUCACUCCACCUCUACCAAGGACAGUUUCUCCACAGACGAUGACAACGACACAGAGGUGGAGGCCAUUGAUGUGGACACAGAGCUCAACCUGGUGACAGAGUGUUGGGUAGAGCCUCAGAGUGGGACAGUAUGGAGCCCUAGAGACCAACACAGACACUUCCAGGAGCUCACCUACCAGGAGAUACCACAGGCGAUCUUCCCCCGGGAUCUGACCUGUAUGUCCACCAUUAUGACGUUUGAGUACCUUAGCCAGCUGUGCCAGAACAAGGAGCAGGUGUACCCUCCAAUUGGGACCGCUGCAGGAGAACCCCCUGCCUCUGAGGACUGCAUCCACACUGUUCCCUUCCAGUUUGACCUCAUCGAGCUGCUGCCCAAGUGCCAACAGAUAGAAAUCUUCUUCCUCACUCUCAGCAGAGUGGAGAACGAGGAGGUGUCCCAGAGCACCCCCUAUAUUCCCAACGAGCUCCUGCUGAGCCUGUUCCACAGCAGCUUGCAACAGGAGCUCAGUGACCGGGAGAUCCCAUUGGCUGACCAGGACAACGUCACCUUCAUGCAUCACAUCCUAGACAGGGAACGAGACGGACAUGUUGCACCCUUCUCUCUACCGGUCAUCAGAGAAGAGUGCCUGAAACCCCCAGAGAGACAGGACACAGUGAUGUCCUUCCACACUACAGGGAGCAGUAAGGAGGUGACAGGAUCAACCAGUACCCUUCAGAGUUUCAGCAAUGCAGACCUGGUGGAUGAGGAGCCAGUCCCAGUGGAGAGGGAUGGGUCUACCCCUCAGUGGAAGUGUUACGCCAAGUACAUCAGCCCCCAACAGAUCCUACUGACCUUCCUCCCUGCCACCUUCACAGAUGUCCAGAUGUUGAUGUUGUCUGGGCUGGAGACCGAGCCCCAGGACAACGGAGAUGAUGACGACACCCUGACUUCUGGCAACAAAUCACAGGUUGAUUCUCACUCUGGCUCCACCAAUGUGCUGAAUGGUGGGUUGAGUAGCGGGUUGAGGUCCCCCAUGCUCUCCCCUGGUGGUGGUGGUUCUGUGGGACCCAGGUCACCCCUGCUCUCCCCUGGAUCUGGGAGCUCCACGGUGGAGCAGGACAACUGGGAGAGCCGUCUCUCUGAGCCUGAAAAUGGCACCAAAGGUGCAGGUGUGGAGGAGAGGGACGGGGUGCAGUUCGCUGAGCCCCAGAAGAGAGACUUCCACAUCACGUUCAGUCGCCAGGCGUCCCAGCAGAGCUCAGGGGACCUGUCUCGUCCGCGCUGCCCUGUAUAUGUCUAUAACUGUUCCCUGGACUCUCUGAAGGAUCAGCUACUCAAUCCCCACUCUAACAGGCAGCCAAGGGACAUCUUCUUCAGGUCUCUAUCUCAGGAACGCAGCAGCACUUCCUCCUGGACAGACCUGAUGUCGCAGCCUCAUAAACACAAGGAGCUGGCCAACUACUGCAGCCUGCUACAGGAGCACUACCACCAGUGUUACGUCACAGGUGUGUACCGCAGCCUGCAGCAGUCCCACAGCAUCAGUUCCCAGGACUUGCUGACAGCCAUGGACUACUGUGAGGAGUCUCUCCAGGAGAUAGACAUCACUUCCUUCCUCCAGACGCUCUGUGGACACAUCCGGGUGUUCCGAGAGCGCCAUGGAGACGCUGUGACCCCUGAUCCCUCCAUCACCCCCGCCACCUUCACCAUUGGAGAGGCAGAGGAAGACGGGCCGGUCAAGAGAGGACCCAUGGCCUCCUCAUCCAGUAUUGAGAUGGAGGACGUGAGUGAGGCAGAGAACAGGGGGAAGGCCUCGGCCCCUAACUCCCCCCUCGGCCUGGACGAACCCCCCGGGACCAUCAGGAUACCAGAGUUCCCUCUGUCCCUCCUCCGCCUUCAGCAGAAGUGUGAGGUCUACCCUGACCUGCACAAAAUCAUACAGGACAAAUUCAUGGACAUUGGUGCUCAGUUCUUCAAGACCGUGCCUUCCAAUCCCCACUACUUCUACUACUGCCCACCAUCAUCUAAGAAAGAGAUAUGUGACUCUGAUAGGGAAGAGGAGAGACGACUUAGUGAAGAGGUUGUCUCAGAGGCUGAGCCUGCUACAGAGGACGAGAACAUGUCGGGCUGUUGCAUCAUGAUGGAGAGCGACACAGACCUGGAGGUGGAGUACCAGGAGAGGGCUGGGGUCCGGAGAUCCCUAGGGGCAGACGGAGAGGGGGAAGCAGGGGGAGAGGGGGAGGAUGAGUCCCUGUCUGACUCCAACACCGUGAACCAGGAUGAGGACUCCUUCAGCAUCCUAGAGGGAGACAGCCUGUUGGAGCCAGAGGGGCCUCAGCCUGAGAUGCCUCCGCUGUUCGUCCACCUCACCUGCUCUGUUAACAUAAAGAGCUGCCACGGAUCCAUGCCCAUAACCACGCUACCCACCUGCCUGGGUGAGGUGAUCACAUGUCUGGAGAAUGCAGAGGCCCUGCAGGCUCUUGAUCUGAAUGAUCUGUCUGUCACACUGGACAUCUUUGUCCUCACCUUACCCCUAGAGAUCGAGGGUAUGCAGUCUGACUUGAGGCACAACAGGUACACGUCAGAGAGCAGUGUGUCUCUGAACCGUUCUCCAGGUCAGCCCUCCUCCUACCGCUCUGAUGAGGAGCUGAUGGGCAACUUGGACAGCCUGAGAGGGGUAGGGGUCGACGGGGUUGGAGGAGACCCCUUGGCCAAACUCCCAAUUCCCCACAAACUAGCAGUGUUAGCCACCAUGGAUGAGAUCCGUUGGCUCUUGGAGGACGAGAUUGUGUCAGCGCUGCGUCUCUCCCGGGUUAUCCGCUCGUCCAUGCUACAGAAGGUGGCGGAUCACGUGUUUCGCUCAGGCGGGCGACCACGGUGCCACUGUGAGGUCGUUCCUCUGCAGUUUGUCUUCGGCCCUGAGCAGUCCCUGGAGAAGUUCAAAGAGGAGUUCCGUAGGAUGUCAUUCUCAGGUUAUCUUCUGAAUGGAGAGCAAGACAACUUCUACUACAUGUCUCUGAGUAGACUCCACCCCCAGAGGAUCCAGGCUGCUAAGAGGCUGUCUGAGAGCACUGUCAACCCUGGGGAGGCGGGAUGGAACUCCAUGAUUGGACGGAACUCACAGCCAACCAAUCACUGUCCUGAUGUGGACGACAGCGCCAGGGCUCCGUCCAUUCAUGGCACACCAGGAAGAAGACCUGACCACGAAGCAGAGGUGGCGAGGGUGGAGCCAGACAGUGAGGUUCAGGGAGAAGAGAAGAAGUCUACUGUCGGGGCUGUUAGUGAAUCUGCGAGUUACUCAGCCCAGGAGCGCAGCGACACCCCAAUCAAACCAUCCCGAGCUGACUCAGAGGAGGGCCCUAGACCCCGCUUGAGUUCAGUUGGUGCUACCUCCACUGCCGCGGGUGACAGCCCCCGGUUGAGUUCUGUUGGUGCCUCCACCAGUCGACCUCGACUGAGCUCUGUGGGCAGAGGAGGAGAGGAGAUAAGACCUCGGCUGAGCUCCGUGGGCUCCACCUCCACCUCUACCUCUACCACUACAGGGGACGGCGGCCAGGCCAGCAACCCUCAGCUCCAGCCCAGCACUAGCACCGACCGUUCCUCAGAAUACACCUCGCCCCCCAAGACCCCCUCCACAGUCAGCCUGGCCGAGUCGGUGCAGUCCACCACCCACAGCAGCGGGAAGCUGAGGCCCAGUCGAGUCCAGAGUGUGGUCUCCAGUCAAGGCAGCCUGGACUCUGACAUGCUGGGUUAUGACGGUGGCAGCAGUGACUCUGAGUGUGAGAGCCCCACUGUGGAUGAGCAGGAGUCCCAGGCCCCUCUGAUGCCUGACUUCUGGCUCAUCGUUAAGAUCCACCAGGACAGAGUGGAGGUGUACUCUCAGUCUAGGAGCUUCAAUGAAGCUAAGGAGGGCAGAGUAGAGGAGAAGGAGGAGGAGGAAGAAGAGGAGGUUCCAGAGUACUUACGGCUGCAUCAGAUGGUGGUGAGGAAGAUUGGGGAGAUCUGCCGUAUAGUCAAUCAGCGUCUACUACUCCAGGACCUCCACGACAGCCAUGUGUGUAACUCGCUCCUGGUGGCAGAGAGCGAAGAGGACAUCUGGAAGAAUGAGUCCCUGUACAGACAGAGACUGGCCAACUCUGAUGAUUACAAUGCAGAGGAGAGCUACCAGCCACGGGACUACCUAGCGGCCACAAUGCAGUUCAUCCCGGGUCACUUUGCCUGUGAGGUGGUGUGGAGCACCGUCAUCCACAUCCACCCUCGCCUCAAGAUGGGGCCUAACAUGGGGGUGUCCAGGGCUAUCCAGGCUCUGCGGUCAGUGCUCAACGCCAUGUGUGUGGUCAACAGGAAGAGCAUGUUUGUCUAUCAGGAGCGCUCCACUAAAUCAGUCUUCUACCUCAGACUUUCUGAGACGUCCCAAACAGGAAAAUACUCUGACCUGGAUGGCAACCUGCACCCCAUGUCUCGCUGCGUCGGCCUCGCCCGGAGCCAGGAGCCGCUCUACUCUGAGGACCUCACGGGCUCCCGGUCAUCUCUGGAAGGUGCUCGGCCGUCUCUGGAAGGUGCUCGGCCAGUGGGACAGGUGGACAAACACAUCUUGUUGCUGGUGCAUGGAGUGGGAAGUGCUGGUCCAGAGAUCACAGAUGAGCUGGUGAAGGUUUUGAGGAAGCGUCUGGAUGAGACCACGCUGGACAUCAUCACCAUCAUGCUGGGCAGGAACUGCAAACUCACCCCUGCUGACGUGGAGUUUAUCCAGCCGUCAGGCUCUCCAGCCACUGAGGUGAUGGAGUUUACUCUGCCGCAGUGCUUCAUGCCCUGGACCCCUGCUGUGGCCCACUACCUCAGGCAGAACCUGCUCAUCUUCCUCCACAUCCCCAAGUACACAGACAGCUACGUAGAACACCACUUCAAGCACUACUUCCAUCAGAGCAGUGAACUACCUGACUCUGAUGUCUACCUCUACAAUAAGCCUGGGGGCCAGGGGACUGGAGGGAAAGGUAUCGCCUGUAUCGCCCUGUCGUUCGUUGACGUUCAAGGCCGCCCCCUGCAGGUUCCAGCCCAGUACUGCACCACACCACCCAGAGGGGAUGCAUCUACCAUCCUCCUACAGCCAGACCAGUUUGACACCCUGACAACUGUCAUCAAGGUGGACUCCAACAACCUCAGCUCAGGGUCAGAGAUGAGGGUGCGUUUUGACAUCUGGGAGCAGGGUAACGUCUCCCCCCUCCAGCUGACUGACAAGCUGCGAGGGGCCCUGCGCCACGCCCUCUGUGACGUCAUCAUGGAACUCCGGGUCCUGCCGAAUCCCCUGUGUCUGGAGACGUUCUGCACUACACCGGGGCGAGGGCAGAGAGAGGACUCCACUAAUGGUCUUUUAAGUCCUCCUCCAUUAGAAACAAAGGAGGGGAAUGAACUGGAGGUUAGAGAAGUGAAGGAAUUUAAGGACAGCUUCCAGCCUCGUAGUGGCUCUAGGAGGGUUAAGAACAGCCCCUCCCCUAUCACCCUGAUUCCUGCCCCCCUUGUGACCACCCCCAACACCGGACCAAGCACCCCUGAGUCCACUACACCCACCGGCAAGACCACUCGCCGAAGCUUCUGGGAAAUACUGAGCAAGCCAGACUCAUCUGAGCUGGGGAGCCCUAAGACGACAGACGACAUCGUGCAGGAGAAGGGAGAGGAGGGUCGGACACGCAGGAGACACAAGACGGAGAAUGUGAAGCAGCAGUGGAGCCAGGAGAAGGCCAUGGCUGUAGAACUGGAGCAGGCCCAGAGGAGACAUGUGUCCCAGCUAGAGGAGGGUGACAUUGGGACCCUGCACCCUCUAUACCAGGUCACCUGUCAGCCCUGGAUCACCUUCAUGGCUAAACUUGGAUGCCCGUCGAUUCAGCAGUGCACAGCUGAGAUUGCCUCCCAGUUUCUGCUCCCGCCCAUCCUGACAGAGAUUGUCAAUCUGGUCAGCUCCCUGGCCAGUGACACUGCAGUUAAGGUGUUUGAGAGGACAAGUUGUCCCCAAGGAGACAUGUUUGUUCCCCUGCCUUUGAUCCACCACCUCAGCCAACCGCCUACCACCUCUAGAACCUUCAUCCUCAUUGGACGGAACUUCCACCAAUGGCAUUGCAGCACAGAGCAAGAAGACAGUUCAGAUGAUGAGAACAUCCCUGAGAUUAGUAGGUUCACACCUCAUAAGGGCUUCCAGCGCUUCGAGGCCUUGGAGCAGUCUGAUUGUUUCAGCCCAGGGCAGGCCUCGAGGGGCGUGGCCCCAAGACAGAGGUUCCUCCUCAUACACAUCCUGGAAAAGAAGGUGACCCUGUACACCUAUAACUGGUCGCUGGACCUUGGUGUGUCUCUGAACCGGGGACUGGUCAGGCUGGUCCAGUGGCAGAAUGCCAGGUCCCACGUUAUCCACUGUCUCCUCAACCAGAAGAUGGGCCUGUUCCACCACUACUGCUUCUCAGACACACCUGCCCACGAAGACCUCAAACAGCCCAACCCGUUCCUGAACCCAACCUUGGAGGCUGAUGCCCUGCUGAGGAGCCCAGUGCCCCCCGUACCCAGCAAGGACCAGGGCAGGCUGGCUAGCUCCGUCCGCUCCCUGGCCCCCCUCCACUUCCCCUCAGAGCUGGUGCCCUUUGACGAAGCCCUCCGGGACAUCGGGAUGGGCCGCCCCCUGGCCAGCGCUCAGGACGGGGCCGACGUGGUGGCUCGGCACGGGGCCCAGCUACUAGAGGUCAAGGCUGCAGAGAGGAGAGAGAUGGAGAAGCAGAUGAAGAUUGAGAACCUGUUUGUGACUUGGCAGCAGAGGUCAGCGCAGUCCAACAUGCCCAUCUCUGUGGUGGACUUGGACACUCUGAAGCAGUCGUCCAGGCUAGUGCACUACUGCGCCACCCCUCUGCUCUUUGACCCCAAACCUCUAUUUUCACCCCUCCGCUCCCCCUCUUCCCUCUCUUCUCCUCCCCCUCUUCAGAAGCGCCACUGCUCCAGUGACUCCACGGCGUCUGGCAGGGACCGUAGCUACAGUACGGACUCAGCUGAUAUGCUGCCUAGCCGGCUGAGAGAGGAGCCCUGGCUGCAGGACAUCUCUAACACCUUCCUCCAGCAGUAUGUCCAGUACCUCCAGAGCAUGGGCUUCAUCCUGGUCCAGGUCCGGCCACAGUCCCCCGCACGCAGCAUCGCCAGGGCCCGGGCAGCCAUGCUCAGCUCACUCUCGUCAGAGAGGCAGUCCUUCUCCUAUAACAAGGCCAGGAGUGAGGACAGCCCAAAGAGCACAGGGUCAGGCACCACCGCGUACCACCUCCAGAGGGCGCUCCCAGGGGGCAUCGUACUGAUGGAGCUGGCCUUCCAGGGUUGUUACUUCUGUGUGAAGCAGUAUGCUCUGGAGUGUUCCCGCAUCCCCAUGGGACAGACCGUCAACUCUCAGCUCUCCAUGCUGUUCACAGAGGAGUGUGAUAAGGUGCGUGACCUGAUGCACGUGCACUCGUUCAGCUAUGACUUCCACCUGCGGGUGGUGCACCAGUACCUGGUGGGCUGUCACAUGACCCUGCGGCAGGGAUACCAGCUGACCGGCUUCCUGGAGGACUUCAUAGCUCAUCACCCUGACAUCCCCAAGUUCGGACGCAAUCACGUCUUCCAGGGGAGUUUCUCUAUCUCUACGGGGAUGAUCACAGCCCACCAGCUGUAUAACUACAUCACUGACCACGCUGGCACCUACGGCAUGAAGCCCCUUCGCAUGUCCAAGGUUGCAAUGACCAGCGAAGGCAAGAAGGGAGCGCCACCCAGCUCCGACCUGCAUGAGUACGCUCUGGUGGCUCUUUGGAACAGCUCGGGCUCUUACAAGGACCUGGAAGGCCUGCGUCACCAUGACGAUUUUGACGUGUCCCUGCUGGUGUGUCACAAUGCCGCUCCAUUUGAGGAGCAGUCGGAGGGAGAGAGACAUCUGCUGAGGCUGCGUUACUACGUGAUCAUGACCAGUCAGCGAGAGCUGUUCCCCCGGCUGACUGCUGACAUGCGGCGCUUCAAAAAGCUUCCCCAGAUACACCGAGAGGCCCGCGACCUGGGAGGAAAGGUUCCCCCUGAGAGAGGGACAGAACCGGGCGGGGCACGGGACCCUGAACCAGACCUCUGGGAGGAGACCCCACCUGCAGCCUCAGCCCCAGACACCGCCAUCUCUACCCCCAGCGAUGGGAACGAGUUUUACCCCCUGACUGGCCGCCGGAGGUCUGGGUCUGGGGCCCAGGGACUCCUCUACCCCUCUCCUCUGUUCCCUCUACUCAAUCAGGAGGUGGGCUGUGCACGGAGGCAGAUCCAGGCGAGCGUGGAGCAGGCCAUGGGCCACUGUCGCAGGGAUAAUCUGUGGAGGAGGCUGUUCCAUGGUGAACACCAUCACCUGGCCAUGGACAAGCUCAAGCUGAGCAAACUGUCCUUCAGCGAACUGGAGGAGCUCCUCAACGCCGUGCAGAGUCGAUCUGUAGAGGAGAUCGACCCACAGCUGGACUGUUUCCUAACCAUGAGUCCCAGCUGGUACCAGAGUCUGAUCAAAGUGCUGCUGACUCGAUUCCCUCAGAGCUGCCGACACUUUGAUGACAGUGGCAUUCAGUAUCUGGCUGUCCUAAACCAGAAAUUCACUGACUGCUUUGUUCUGGUCUUCCUUGACACUAAGGCAGGAAAAACGAGCCUCAAGGUUGUGUUUAGGGAGCCGUUGCCAUCCCAACCGCAGCCUAGCAGCAGCCCCCCACCCCAGCUGGUGUCCAUGUACCAUCAUCUGGAGUCUGUGAUCAACACAGCCUGCUACAACCUUUGGACCGGUUUGCUCUAGGGCUGGAGGGCCAAUCAGGACCAGGCAUGCCUCAGAGAAACGGAGCUGCUGGGAGGUGUAGUUCCAGACAGGCGGCUUCCUUUAUAGGCCGCCUUGACUUGUGGGACACCAAAAAAGGAUGUUAUCGUUGAAAAGUGCUGAACCAGCGAAUCAGAGAGAGAGUUCGCAAAAGAUAUUCGGAGGAACUAUACACACUAUUGCACACAAAGGUUCUUCUUUAUCAGACAGUGUAUGUGCCCUAUAGUGACUGAAAAUACAUUUUUACUUUACUCUCAACACAGAAUGUAAGUUGAGUUGAACCAGAGACAGGCUUUGGCUGAACUCUUUCCUGCCAGUUGUGGGUGUUGACAUGCCCUCUGCAGUGGACGUUGGGCCUCACAGACAGAGGUCACUUUACAAACGCUUUGCUUUGAGGCUCAGGUGAACACUACCUCACAAUGACAGAAUCCGAUUGAAGAAGAUUUAGCUUUUUGCACUGAACAGUGCACCAGAUCAAAACAGGGAAGUUAUGCAAUUUGCCCCCAUUUCAAUGCCAACUUUCUGGGCCCAUUCCUCAUUGACUUGGAGGUCAGUGGUGGUAGGGUAGAAUGAAAGGGGGAUGAGACUUUCAGUCUAGUUUGAUCUAAAGCCAAACUUCUGUAUGUAAUCUCAGCCAUGUUCCCAUUCAGCUUCUACUUCUAAUGAGAGAUCAUCUACAAUACAUGUACAGCUAACCUGAAGUGGAUCUCACUCCCCAACCAACUGAAUUGGACUGUAAACAAGUCACUAUUGUGCAACCAAGUGUUGGGAAAUUAGAUUCUAUUCUCCAACUCGUAACCCAUUUAUCAUUGUAGGUGUUCAAAUCCUAUGAACACGAAUAUGUGAAGUUAUUUCUCUCGGAUACUGUGCCUUGCGAAGGUACAGGACGAGAUGCUUAAGAUCGCCACUGCACACAAUCCAGUGAAUCCGCAGUCUUGAGUCUUCUGCGGAGGUGAAAGAUUGCUGCCAUUUCAGUCUGAAAUAUUGGGUAAUAGAUUUUUUCCCCUCUUCCCAUUGUAUCCUAACUGUCAAACCUGCUACCCAAUUUGCCCUACUGCCAUUUCUUCAUCCUAGAAGUGCCUUAGUUUUUUAUGUUUUAUUUCUUAACAAUGCUACCAGAGCAGUUUUAUUGUUAUUGCAUCAAUCGUGCAAGUGGAAUUUCUGGAAAAUGCAAUUGGACUGCUAACUAGCUACAUUCGGACAGGCUUGAGGGUAUCGCUGGUCUCUGUUUACAAAGAUAUGGAGUGUUGGGUGGACAUACUGUAGGAGCCAGCUUGUGUACAACAUUGUAAUAUCACACACACACACAUCAGUUCAGAGAUGUCAUUGCAAUACAUUAUGACUUCAGAUGGCCUUAACGUUUGUACACAUUUCGAUGGAAGGAAACCAAAUGUUUCAAGAUUGUUUAAAGUUCCUUAUUAAAAAGGAAUGAAGGAAAUUGGAAUGUUAAUAAUAAUAAUAAUGGAUUUCUGAGUAAGGUGAAUUGUGUCUGUAGAGAUGUUUCUUUGUUUUGAAGGUAAGAACACUGGAUUUGGAAUAAUUCAAGAUAAUGUUAACAGUUAGGCCAGCUAUAGCAACAGUAUAAGCAUUCUGAAACUGUAAUAUAAUCUGAAACUUGUAUAUGUACAUUAUGUAUAUACAGAUGGAUUUGUAUGAUAUGCUACAAUAAACCUUAUGGUAUAUUCAA